AUGGGCUAUCCGGUCAUCUUUGUGUUUGAAAGUAUCUACUAUCCUAUUCUUGCAGCAGUCGGCAUCACAGUUAACGUGGUUGCGAUCGUCAUCCUGUCCCGGGGAAAAUGCGGACUCUCCAAAUGUAUUACACGCUAUCUGGUUGCCAUGGCGGUGGCCGAUGUGAUGGUGGUGGUCUUCGAAGUCAUACUGAAGCGGAUCAACAACAUUUAUUUGCCGAUCAAUAUUUUGUUCAUCACUCCAGUCUGUGCCAUGAUACUGGUCUUUAAACACGCAGCCCUGAAUUGCUCUGUCUGGUUCACCGUCGCGUUUACCUUUGAUCGUCUUGUGGCCAUUUCCUCUCCAAACCUCAGACCAAGGUAUUGUACCACAAGGACAGCAAGUGUGGUUAUAGCAAGCACGACGGCACUGGCCUGUUUUAAGAACAUCCCGAAUUAUUUUGCCGUUGAACCCGGAUAUAUAAUUAACAACAUCCCGUAUUUGUGCGUUGCAACCGCUGUCUACAAUAACUCGCAGCUAUGGGUGGGCAUUGAGUGGUUCGAUAGUAUCUUAAGCCCAUUGUUACCAAUCCUCCUCAUCCUUCUGUUCAACGCCCUGACCGUCAAACAUAUCAUAAAGUCCAAUAAAAUCCGCCGGGCGCUCAUGAGUAACGUUGGUGAAGGGAAUGAUUCUGAGAGCGAGAACCGUAAGAAGUCUAUGAUCUUGCUCUUUACUCUGUCUGCCAAUUUCAUCCUCCUCUGGACACCGUAUUUUAUAUAUUCCUUAAAUUGGCAAGUGAUAAACCACAAUUACACAGACAAGUAUUACACCAGCCCGAUAUUCAUCAACCAGCAAACAGGGUUCAUGUUGCAACUACUGAGUUCCUGCACCAACACUUGUAUCUAUGGACUGACACAGAGGAAGUUCAGACAGGAGCUGAAAAAUGGGGUGAAAUACCUGGUUACAGUGAAUGGGAAACUCUGCAAAUAG